GACCUGUAGGCCUGAACAAACCACAGGAUUUACAGUCACACAUUGGAGUCAAAACAUGUAUUAAAACACUAUUUGCAUGUACCAGCACUGAUAUUACAUCCUAAAAGUUAUUGCCUGUUUCUGAUUUCCUAUUACAACUGUAAAAACAUUGGAUGUAACCUUGCAAUGAUCAAACACGAGCAAGGCAUCAUUACCAGCAUACUUACAUGCAGAACGCAUUUGCAAGUGUCACUGGUAGUGAAUGUGGCCAGCGAGUGUGGUUACACUGAUGAGCAUUACAAAGACCUCCAGCAGCUGCAAAAAGACUUUGGUCCAUUUCAUUUUAACGUUCUGGCCUUCCCCUGCAACCAGUUCGGCCAGCAGGAGCCCGGCAGCGAUAAAGAGAUCGACAGCUUUGUGCGGCGGGUCUACGGGGUUUCCUUUCCCAUCUUCAGCAAGAUCGCUGUUGUUGGAAUAGGAGCCAAUAAUGCUUACAAAUACCUUGUGGAGGCGUCUAGGAAAGAGCCAACCUGGAAUUUCUGGAAGUAUCUCAUCGACACUGAUGGCAAAGUUGUUGACGCGUGGGGUCCUGACGUCUCUGUCAAAGAAAUUCGCCCACGGAUAGCGGAUAUGGUUCGGAAGCUGAUCAUUAAAAGGAAAGAAGAGCUUUAGUCCUUUGAAUCGUCUUCAGCUCUGAAAACUGUAGACACUCAGACCUCAGAAACAGAUCUCUUUGAAGAAACACAUGCUAAUUUAGGCCUAUUCAAAGUACAAAAUGUGAGAUUACACCAGCGCAACCCACUUUAAAUGAUCUUUCCUCAACUAGGUUUCAUUAGAUUUGUUCUCUUUCCACAUUUGAAAAGAGAAGCACUGUGAACUCAAGUAAUAAAAGACCGCUUUAUCAAUAAACCAUAAAAAACACUUCAUGCUUAUAUUUAAUGAUAUACUACAUGCUAUGUCUAAUAGAGCUACAGAAAGUAAUGAGUAUGGGCAGUAUGAUUCUGGAGGAGAAAUGUUUAUUUUUACUCCUGUUAUCAUUUUUUUGUUUCUGUGAUCUGUCU